GUUUCAGAGUAUUUCCGUUAUGGACUGGUUAUUCUGUCACUAUGGAGGGCGCUGUCCCUCAAGCGCAGUGGAAAGUUUGUCGCGACUGCAACGUUGAGCAGCCGAUCGAUCAGUUUUUGGAUCGUCGUGGUAACGGCAGGAUUGUCAGAAAGUGCCUGGAUUGCCGGGACAAGCAGAGGGCAUCAGUUACGAUUCAAUUGUUUCCAUUCUAUCGUUCUUCAUCUCCAAGCUGACUAGCUGACUUGGUACACCAGGAACAUGCGUCGAAUGCUGCUAUUUCGGCAGCCAGUGCGAUCGCCCGCCGCGCGGCCGCCUCGAAUUAGAUACGAUUCAAUGCAAUUGCAGUAUACGGGAAUCAUUGGCCGACGGACAGGUUUCUGGCGCUUCGUCUCUCGCACCCAUAAUGAACACAGUAGUAUACAGGACGAACAGUUGAUGAGCCGAUUGUCCUCCGGCAGGGACAGGAAAAUUGCCAGGAGCGAGAGAGAGGAAGGAAGC